AGUAAAAGCACUUAAGUUAAUCCUGCUGCGAUGUAACUUACCUUUUAAGAUUGGUGUGAAUGUUUCGUUAGUCUGAAAAUUACAAUUUGUGAACAAACGAAAAGUUCAAUUAGCAGAUGGGUUAAAUGUCUGUGUAUUUCUGAUUGCCCUUACUGAGCAAUGGUUGGCCAUGGUCGGUAAAUGCGCACCAGGUGCACGUGCGUUUGGAGUUUUAUUAGGAGUGUGUUGAGUUUAUUCUCGUGGGAAAUACGCGUGGCUUGAUCUGCGUUUCUCCGCUUUGCACCGAUGAUCAGCGGCGGGGAGGCGUGAAAGAACUCACGCCCAGAUAUGAUAAACGUGACGCUCCAGCAAACGAGCACCACACACACCCAAAGGCGUUGGCUCAGCUGUAUUUUUAAUUUUCGUCACUUUCAGAAUAGAUAUUUAUUUAUUAAACUAAAUUUUCAGUCAUUUUGUUUCAUUCCGGUUUGGAGUUUAUAGUGAUUUGGACGAGAUUUUGUUUUGGACCCAUCGCUGAAAGUUCAGUCAAUGGAACAUAUCUGGAAAUUGCACAGCCAUAGCUGAGACACAGAGAGGAUUUUCACACCGGACACCCCAAAUCUACAGUGUCAUCUGUCCUUCAUUUACUACCUACAGAACACACACAUGGAUAUCCAAGAAGAUCUCAUAGACAGGGACAUCACUCUGAAUGUACUGCUCCCAGGAGGACAGGAGACCACGGCCACAGUGCACGGCAGUAAGCCAGUUAUGGAUGUUUUGGUUACACUGUGUGCUCAACACCAUCUCGUUCCAUCGGAUCAUGUCAUUAAGCUUGUUUCCACGAAUCAAAACCACAUCAAUUUCAAACCCAACUCCAUGAUUGGCUCUCUUGAGUUUGAAAGAGUUGUCCUGCAAACUAAAGGAUGUGAUAACAAGAAGAAACCCCAUGUUCCUGUGGCAACAGUUCGUCUUCUGGUUAACUACAAGAAGUCUCAUAAGGCAGUAGUACGAGUCAAUCCUACAGUGCCGCUGGCUGAGCUGAUGCCCAUAGUGUGUGAGAAGUGUGAGUUCGACCCUGAUGCCACCAUCUUACUGAGGACAUAUCAAUCAGAGGAACCUCUGGAUCUCACCAAAACACUCAAUGACUAUGGAAUCAGGGAGCUGUAUGCCAAAGACAUUAAAGUGGUACCAAACUAUCCUGCUGAUCCUGUAUCAACCCAUAAAGGUGGUGAGGAAGAACAGAAAUCCUCAGUUAAAGAAAAGAACCACAGAGGGAAGGGAAACAAAGGUUUCUUUGGAUUAUUCAAGAAGAACAAGAAAACACCUGAGCAGGCUAUGAUUGGCAGUGCUCCGAACUCUCCUGAACGGAACGGCCAGCGUGUGGACCGGGUGAAUGGUGUUAAUGGUCACUCAACCUUACCCAUGGUCCCUGCCGACAUGCCAAAGAAGAGACGCGCUCCACGGCCUCCUAUGACGGCGUCCCAGAGUGUCGCCUGUGGGCAUCACACCACAGACUUUUCCGACCCAUCAGAGAGUGACUCUGCUAGAAAACAGGGUCACCUCAGUCGUAUCUUUUCCACCGAGUCCUCCCUUAAAAGGACUAAACGGAGAGCUCCGCCCCCUCCAUGUGAUGGCCCCACCCCAUCCGAUUCAGACAACAAAGUAGAGGAUGCUCAAGGGGAUGAAAAGAGUUCAGACAAAUACAGAGCUCAUAUUGCUGGCUACUGCCCUGCAAUCACUAAAGUUAUGAGUGAACUUGCCGAAUCUCUGCAGGCACGCCAACAGAGAACACUAUCUUCUACAAAUUCUUGUAUAUCCCAGCAGCAGCUAGCAGAAGAUUCUUCUAAGGGUUUGUUUUCUGAGCAUCACACCCCUGAGGCUGAGCUUAAGGCACUUUCUGGCUGUCAGCUGCUGAGAAACCCCUCUGAGAGAGAAGGUUUGACCACAUUCACCGUGGUUCCCCAGAGACGUCAGCAGAGCAGGCAAUGUUUUGAGGUGGCGCUUAACUUACAGACACCUGACACUGCUAAAGCCGAACAAGAGCUGUGCCCUGGAGACCCCGAUGCACUUGAGAACCCCAUUAAAGAGCUUCUGGAAGCAGUCCCAACUGAACCUUUUAGAAAUGGGUGCAAGGGUUCAGAUAAAAGCAACCCCUUACCAGAGGUUGUACAUCCUGUGGAGCAAGAGAAUCAAGCUUGGACAGAUGUAGAGAGUGAGAAUUUGGAACUUAAAGAUGAAGAGGACCAAUGUAUUCAUCAAGAAGACAUGGAGCUGGAGAGUUCAGAAUCGCCCCUAAGAGGUCUUGGUAAUCUAGAACAUUUAGGCAGUACAAUGAAUAAUCUAGAACUAAAAGGCAAUUGGGUUUAUCAAUCAGAAGCAGCUGAUAAACUUGCUGACAUGUCCCCAUUCGAUCCAAAGUCAGGCCCUGUGAAGCAAGAGGAGAUGGAAGAAGAUGCUUUGGUGGAAACCGGAGAAGAAAAGGAUUGGGUAGAAGAAUACAAAGAGAGGAGAAGAAAGUUUCAAGGUGCUGGUGGGUAUAAUGAUGGUUUGAAAAAGUUAGAUGUUUGGGGAAGGAUUCAAAGAGAAUUUACAAACAUGCAAGAAGAGACAACAAUGCAAGAAAUGGGCUUCCCAUCACCUCCACCUCCUGUCUACUGGGAUGACAAUAAUAGUGAAAAUAAAGAAGAUGAAGAAAACAGGCGCGAGCAGGAAAUGCAGACGUACGAUGAAGACCUUGACCAGUAUGCGAACUUGGACUCAAAUCCCAGAUGUGCGCCUUAUCUGCACUACUCCAAACCGAAAUCCCACUCUACCCAAACUAACAGGGAUCCAGGCACCACUAGUGCUGACAAUAACUGCAGCUCUAAUCCAGAACCUCAUAGAACCUCCAUUUUAUCUAAAUCGCAUUCAAGCUUUGACCCCUGCCCCUCUACAACAGUGUCUCUUUUCGCCUUGGCUGUUUUCAAGAAAGCUAAGCGCUCCAAACCAGGGCUGGAUCCUAACUGCUCCAGGAGACAGGAGCUGCCCAGAAACACACACAGUGAGUAAACUGAUCAAGACAUCACUGAAAUAUUAAUAGAACGUCAUUAAUAUUAAUGAGAGGGUCAACAUUUUUGUUUGUCAGUUACAGAGAGAAUUUAGCAAAUUACAUUGAUGCCCUUGCAUUGCAUUGUCAACCAACUUGUUGACAGCUUAUUGGGCUGAAAUAUACACUACCAAUCCAAACUAAAAAAUAUAUAUCGAAAGUGACUCAACAAAUGAGGACAAUGAAAGAGCUAUAGAGAGGGAGAGAGAGAGAGAGAGAUAAUAUGAAAUGUUUCUCGAGCAGCAAAUCAGAAUAUUAUAAUGAUUGCAGAGGGAUCAUGUGACUCUGGAGACUGAAGUAAUAAUGCUGAAAAUUCAGCUUUGCCAAAGAUAUUUUAAAUAAUAUAGCAAGUAAUGGCAGCCAGUGAGCAUUUGGGACAGUAAAGUAGUUUAUCAUUUGUUGCCUGACUGGAAACAUAACAGGAUGAAAAGAAUGUAUAGACGUAUUCCAGAUGUGUUGGUUACUUCAUUGUCACAAGAGCAAGGUGUGUCUGGGUCAGCUGAGUUAUGUAUUUGUAGUUUGUAAGGUAAAUGAUGUCUGACACUCAUAAUAGUAUCUUGUUUGUUUAAUGGGCAUCUUACUUCAUUCAGGCAUGUUUUUGUGUGCGUUUAUAGUUUUUGACGUAAACUUUGAUGCGUUCUAGCAGUCAUGGGGUGAGUAUGAAUGCAUUGUACCGUAUGACAAUGAAAAACUUUUUGAAGUGACUCAAUCUAAUGACACCUCAACAAAAUCUAUAACUUCCAUCACUGAUGAUGGAGUAAGUGUAUGUUCAGUGUACAACCAUACAAUGUACUGCAUGUGGCUUCCUGAAUGACUGACAUGUGCUAAAAAUGGACCUGGCUCUGGCUUUCAAACCUGGUUCCAGGAAAUACAGAGCUGCAGAUGAGUCUUGCAGAACGAUAAGACUUACCAUGGUGUCUUGUUUUUUUCCAGGUAAUUGAUGUCCAGUCUGAAUAUGGGAGUGUUCAUAAAUAAGGAAGAGACGUUCUUCAUCAGAAUGAAUAGGACACACUAUAUUAAAACGACAGCUGUUUCUUAUAAGAUUAUCUGAUUCCGUGUUUUAGCACUAUGUAUAUUUUGGAUGGAUGAUGAUGAUGAUGAAUAUUUUGUAAGCUUUACUUUCAUUUUCUUGUUUUGUUGACUGGUUUCACUGAGAUUUUCAGAAAGGAGGAUUUUUCCAACCUUUUAAUUGACUCUCACAGGAACAAUAUGAUGCCAGGAGUAAACUUUGCCUCAAUGGGAUACAUGCAUGUAUUCAUAUGUGUGUGUGUGUGUGUAUAUAUAUAUAUAUAUAUUUUUUAUAUUAAUGAAAGCUUGUAUUGCAGAGUCUUUUUUUUUUUUUUGCCAGAGAAAUUAGUCCUGAGGAACUUGCCAGGAUACUGUUUUCUGCAUGUUGUCUUUUGUAUUUUUGAGCUUAAAUAACAUUUGUUCAUAAACAAAUGUCAAGCAAAGUAUGUGUCGUCAUUCAGAUUUGAGAAAAAAUAUAAUGGCAAAGACCCGAGUAGGUUGUGCUGCGUUAAAGAAAUAGUUCACCCAAAAUUUUUGUCAUGACUGAUUUUUGAGAAAUGUAUUAUGUCACUUGCUCACGAAUGGAUCCUCUGCAUUGAAUGGGUGCUGUCAGUGAGAGUCCAAACAGCUGAUAAAAACAGCUCUAGUCAAAAAAAAAAAAAAAAAUCCUAAAUUGAUUCAUGUAAUGAUUUACUGAUUAUGUUACUGUCCAUCAUAGCUCCAUUCUAAUGUGCUUUUCCUUCUUAAAAUGGCAAAAAGCAUGCAACCAUUAUGGUAAAAUGUUGUGAAUUGUAAGAAAUCCUGAGUAAUUGUUGCUCUUUGGUCCCAAUAGUCUAUGAUAUACUGUACUCAUCCUUGUAUAUGGCUUGGGUUCCAGCAAGUCUAUAAAAGGUCUAUACGUGGAGAAAUUUCU